GAACCAACAAUGGUUUCCCUCCUGGCCUGCCCUCAAUUCUCAUAAAGCCUCCCGUUUCUUGCUUCUGCUGCUGGUCAAGUGAGAGAACAGGCAUUUCUUUCUCGCCGUUGCAGUCACACCGUGAGAAACAGUUUCAUUUACCUCUUAGUCGACUAGUUCGAAACCGCGCAGUUAAAAUCCCUCUCCCAACCUUAUUUCCAUCGACAUCCUACUAUGGCCAUGGCGUUGCGCCUUCAAUCAUCGAUUCAGACGGCGAGCAUCAGAGUACCCGUCACACUCCACUCUCCCUCGCCGAGACUAAACCUAGCGAAUUCCUUUCUCCCGCCUCUGUCUCCCCGCUUCUCUCGCCAAUGCUCCGACGCGCGCGAUUCGCGGCGAGAUUCACGGCAAGAUUCACGGAAGGAGAGUGCUGGCGGCGCGAGAACAGCGGCGCGGAUGCAGUUCGGCGAGUUUGGCGAGUUCGAGCACGUCGAGUCGGCUUUCGACUUCGCUGACGAGGAGUUCGCGCGCGCCACAGUGCUUGAAGCGACGAGUGUGAGCAGCAGCGGCGACGCGCUUUUGAUCGGCAUGACGGACGGCAUCUCGUUCAAGUGCGCGCACAACCUCAUGGACGGCGUGCGGCUCCCCGAGUACCCCGCGCAGCCCGCUGCAGUGCUAAAACUCGAAGACGGCACGCGCAUAUUGCUCCCUAUUCUCAUCCCGCACCUGUCCAGCCAAAUGCUCAUUGACUCGGUGCGCGGGGUGCCGCUGGCUCGGCCAACGGUGUACAUGCUAAUGCGAGAUAUGAUUGAAUUGAUGGGAUAUGAGAUCAGUCUGGUUCGCAUCACCCAUCGAGAAAGGGACGCCUAUUGCGCUCGAGCCUACCUCUCCAAGGUGUCAGCAGACAGCAGCACAGCCAACAGCAGCAGCAGCGGCCCUGCUAUGAUGAGUCUCGACAUGCGGCCAUCCGAUGCCAUCAACCUCGCUGCACGCACCAAGGUGCCAAUUCAGGUGCGCAAGUCCCUGGCGGUGGCGGACGGCGUGCGGAUAGUGGGCAUGGUGCGGGCGGCAGUGACCCCUGGGCAUGGCGGCCGGCUACUCAGAAGGCAACAGAAACUGGUGCUGACGUCAGAGGACAAGCCUGACCUCGAUGACCUAUCACUGGCAGACGAGUUUGCCCUGGUAAGGCUCAUGGACGAGGCUGCUGCGCACGAGCGGUACGGUGAUGCGGCUAAGAUCAAGGACCAGCUGACGAAGCUGAGACGGAAAGCCAACAAGGUACUAUAAUGCAGCUGUCCUUGCCAUUUGCGGCAGCAGUAGGAGCAGCAGCAGCAGCAGCAGCAGCAGCAGCAGUACAGUAGUAUACGAAGAUGGGGGGUGCGCCCCACCCUCUGUACAUUAGGGGUCACCUCUCACGAUCAGUCCACCACUUACAGUAGUUUGAACACGCUUUUACGGUGCCUUUUUUUAUCAAGCAACGUCCUGUUUUUGUGUGCCUUGCCUUCUUUCCAAAAGUGCAAAAUAAUGUAUAGUGCUUAUAUGUCACA